AUGGCCAACCUCGUUGCUGGCGCUCCCGCUAUCGAGGCCAACGGCACCCGCCGCAAGCUCACUACUACCUCUACCCCCACUGUCACCACCGCCACUGAUCGCUGGACCUUUGGCUGGCCCUCUGGUCUCCCUGUCCCCAUCCUGACCACCAUCCGCCCCGAGGAGCCCACCUUCACCCCCACUCAGGUGCAGUCGUACAGCACCGUCCUCCACACCCGCAAGAAGCUUCCCCAGACCACCUCCACCGCCGAUGUUGACGUCGAGAUUGAGUACGUCACCGUCACCCAGGUCGUCGAAGUCCCCGUCACCACCGUUGGCGUCUAA